AUGCUCAGAACGCUUGCAAGACAAUCUAUUCCAAAACUCCAAUUGAAAGGUGCCAUUAGGGUCUUAUCUGGUAAUGCCGUAAGAUUUAAUUCUAACAAUUUCCGUGUCAACACUCAAUCGCAUGUGUGGAAUUACUAUAAAGAGGGACCACAAUAUGUCAAGUUUACAAAUGAGCAUGAGUGGUUGGCUGUUCAUAAGGAUGAUUCUGCUUUCAUAGGCAUCACUACUUAUGCUGCUGAGGCUUUGGGAGACACUACUUUUGUUGAGUUACCGGAGGUUGGAGUGACGUACGAAGUUGGUGAUUCCAUUGGUUCCGUUGAGAGUGUGAAAAGCGCAAGUGAGAUUUAUGCCCCUGUUGCUGGUGAAGUGGUCGCUGUCAAUGAAGACUUAGAAAGCAGACCUCAAUUGAUUAACGAGGACCCAAUGGGAGGCGGCUGGAUCGCUCAUAUCAAAUUAUCAGAAUCUGCUGAUGCAGUGGCAGCCAAGGAAGAAUUAUUGGACGAAGAAGCCUACGAAGCAAGCUUGUCUGAGCACUAA